AUGGACAAUUUUCUCCCCACCUGGGUUGAUUAUGGCAGUAGUACCCCUAGGGAUGGUGGCGGUGACUGUUGUGAGUGGGAGAGGGUAAAUUGCAACGCAACCACCGGGCAUGUAACAGACCUCUCUUUUUACUAUUUGAGAGGGAUGAUAGGCGAUAACAUGGAGUUUGGGAGCAAGUUGUGGCCACUGAAUGUUUCCUUGUUUCUUCAUUUUAAAGAGUUGAGAAGUCUAAAUUUGUCAUAUGAUUAUCUUGAUGAAGAGAUUAUGAAGACAGAACUUGAAAGGUUGUCAAGUUUGAAGAAGUUGGAGGUACUAGACCUUAGUGGGAAUCGUGAUAUCGAUAACGACAUCAUUCCAUCAUUAAAGACACUCACUUCACUCAAAGUCUUGGAUCUUAGCGACACUAGCUUGAAUGGAAACUUCCCUACCAAUGAAUUAUCACAUCUGACUAACCUCGAGGAGCUGGAACUAAAGAAUACUGAGCUCAAUGAAACACCAAAUAUCCAAGCUUGUAAGAGCUUAUCAAGAUUGAAGAGGCUGGAGAGUAUAGAUCUUUCAGGCAACAAAAUUCAACAAGAGCAUCAUAUCAUGCCUAACUGCCCUCCCGUCCCUCAAGAUUCUUCAUCUUUCAAAUUCUCCUUCACUGGGAAGUUCCUUUCCUGUCCAAGGCAUGUUCAUUUCAAAACGAAAUUUCAUGAUUUGUUUGAUUUGGAAGUUCUCCUCUUGAGAUUUAAUGGUUUCAGUGGUACACUACCAAUGGAAGGUUUUGCAUCUUUCCACCGUUUGGAGGUCUUAGAUUUGAGUCACAACAGUUUUGUUGGGAGCAUCCCUUCAUCAAUACAGGCAUUAUCUUCAUUAAGAGCUCUCUCAUUCGCUAACAAUGAACUCAACGGCUCAUUACCUGAGCAUGGUUUCUGUGAGUUGAACAACCUCCAUGAAUUAGAUCUUAGUCACAACAUGUUCGAUGGAAUUCUGCCUCAAUGUUUCAACAGUCUAUCAUCUCUUAGCUCAUUCUCCAAUCAUAAAAAGCUUGAGGUAGUUCGAUUCAGAAGUGACAAUGACAUAUUUGAGGUGGAGACAGAGGAGCCUAUAGAUUGGAUUCCAAUGUUCCAGUUGAAAAUUCUUGAGCUAUCUAAUUGUAAUAUGAAAAUGCCUAAAGGACGUAUUAUUCCUGGGUUUCUACUUCACCAACACAAUUUACGGCAAGUAGACAUGUCUCACAACUCCUUGGAGGGACAAUUACCAAAUUGGUUAAUUAGGAACAAUUCAAAUCUGGAAGUUCUUAUUCUACGUGAUAACUUGUUUGGUGGUAUGCCGCUGCAUAUGAAUGCUAAUAUGAAGUGGUUGGAUGUGUCUCAAAAUCACAUGAUAGGUACUAUUCCAUAUGACAUACCAAAGUUCUUUCCCAACAUAAGUAUUUUGAAUUUGUCUAUGAAUGCUUUAAGUGGUGUUAUCCCUUCCUCAGUUGGUGAAUUGAGUAAAUUAUGGGUACUAGAUUUAUCUGAGAAUGAGUUAUCUGGUGAAGUGCCAAAGGGAUUGUUUACAAACACCUCCAAAUUGGGUUUCUUAAAACUAUCAAACAACAAGUUGCAUGGCCAGAUACUCUCAGGAAAUUUAAGUUGGAGUAAUCUCCAAUGGGUUUAUUUAGAUAGCAACCAUUUCACAGGGCAAAUUGGAAUUAAAAGCAAACAAAAAUUUGAAUCUCUGACUCUUCUGGAUAUAAGCAAUAACUUUUUUACAGGUUUGAUCCCGGAUUGGCUUACCAACAUGAGUAGCUUGUCUGAACUUGUGGUGAGAAAUAAUAGUUUGGAAGGCAGGUUUCCUUGUGGAGCAGCUUUUUUCUCAUUUCUUGAUAUCUCACAAAAUUCUUUUUCUGGGCCCAUCCCAUCCUGCUCAAAUUUGCAAUAUAUGGAGCAUCUUCAUUUGGGUUCCAACAGAUUCACUGGAUCAAUUCCCAAUUUCUUUCGUAAUUUGACUAAUGUUUUGACUUUAGACAUCGGCAACAACGACUUGUCAGGCAUGAUUCCUAAAUUUCUUGGCGAACUAUCCAAUUUAAGGAUUCUUCUUUUGAGAAAAAAUAACUUUAGCGGUUUGAUUCCGAGGCAGGUGUGUCAAUUAAGUAAUAUGAGUUUCAUAGACUUAUCCGAUAACUCAUUUUCUGGCUCAAUACCUAGCUGCCUACAUAAUAUUACCGGCCCAAGUGACCUUGUUUUCUUAAAAAGAAGCAAAUCACUGUAUUCGUAUGAUUCCUCUUACCAUUAUGAGAGUAUUAUAUGGGGGUUGCGUUCAAUCUUCCUUGGAGGUGAAGCCUUGGGAAUACAAGACGAAGUACAGUAUACAACCAAAAGUCUCUUUCUCCGCUACAAGGGUGGCAUCCUUGAUUACAUGACAGGAUUGGAUUUAUCCAGUAACAGUCUUAUUGGUGAAAUUCCAGAAGAACUCGGGUUUCUAACCCAACUUCGUGCUCUAAACCUGUCUCACAAUCAGCUGAAUGGACCAAUUCCUGUGAGCUUCUCAAAUCUUGCAAAGAUAGAGAGCUUGGACCUUUCUUCAAAACGGGUUGACCGGCACAGUUCCAUCAGAACUCAUUAA